GCCCGGCCCGCGGUUCCGACAGCUCGGCGCGGUACUGGGCCGGGGUCGCUCCUCUGGGGCUCAGUCCGGGUGGGAGUGUCCCAGGAGUGUCACACAGAAUCCCUGGGGGCUGGGGGGCUUGUGGCCUGUCUGCCUGCCUGCUGCUCCCUCACCCAGAAUCACAGUCUUGAAUCCACGUGGUUCCGGGUGGUCAUGUGGAACGGUGGGAGGAAGAAUUUUUGCUCCUGUAGUCCUGGACUAACAGGAUGUGUUUUCGUGUGAUGAGGAGGGGAGGCUUGUUCCUUUCUCGGAUGGUGGUGCUAUUCUGGAGUGCGGAGUGUCAGAAGAGACACCAUUCAUCCUUCAGGGACCCCUGGACCGGCUGGAGCGCGACUCCAUUAAACUAGGAAGCUGGGCACUUCUGUAUUUGAAAGUCCUGCCAGCCAGUGAGCACGUUUCUGGUGAGAAGUUCUCUUGGGGCCUUUUAGGCCAUUUUCUCCUGAUGCAGCUGUGAUUUCUCCACAAAUUCCAUCUGAGAACGAAAUCUACAGGACAAGUGGACAGAAGAAGAAAUGGACAGCUCUCAGGGACGGCUGACCUUCCAGGAUGUGGCUCUAGAAUUCUCUCAGGAAGAAUGGGAAUGCCUGAACCACAGUCAGCGGGAACUGUACGCGGAUGUGAUACUGGAGACCUAUGGACACCUUCUCUUCUUGGGUCUCCUUGUAUCAAAACCAGACCUGGUCAUCUUUUUGGAGCACGAGAAGGAGCUGCGGGGUGUGAAGAGACAGGAGACAGUAGCCUCACACCCAGCUGUAUCUUCACCAUGCACCCAGAGUUUCCUGCCCACGUCGUGCUUAGAACUUUCUCCUCAGAAAGUGUCAAUUGGGGAACAGAGUACCCGUGAGAAUUUCUACUUACUGAUAGACCCAGUCAGCAAUGGGGAGAGUGAAGGGCAUCAAACAUAUCAUGAUGGCCGUAUCCAAACAGAGACAUCUGCUCAUAAGAAGAAUCUCACUGCCCGAAGUGGUGAACAAUAUAAAGCAUUUGGCAAAACCUCCCCUUUCAAAUUAGCUUCUUCUGUCAAGAAGUGUGUUUCAGUAACCAAAAAAUCAGAUCAAAUAUUGACACAUAAAUAUUUGUUGAGAGAAAAUUUUGAAAAUCAGGAAAGUGACCUCAUUCGUGUUAAAAAUAAGUAUUUGGCCCAAUUUGAAAAUGGCCUUGGACUGACCUUUCACUCAAUUAUUUCUGAAAAUCAUAGAUUUAAUACUGAAGAAGAAAGUGUUAAGUGGUAUCAACUUGAGGGGCAUAUCAGAAAGAGGUCAACCCAACAAAAUUACGAGACGAUUUUGAAUAGACAUAGAAUUGCUGUUUGCAGUGAAUCUGAGAUGAAAUUUAACCAGGGCUCCAACGUUAACAACUGUGUGCAUACUCAUUUGCCAGAAAACCAUGUUGAAUGUAAUAAAGGUGAGGAAGUCUUGUCUCAAAAAUCUAAACGUAUCAAACAGAGGAGUGCGCAUCUGAAAGACAAUCCUUAUAAAUAUAGAGACUGUGGGAACGCUCUGCAGCUGUCCUCCAGUGUUGAAGAUCAUCAGACAAGUUGUUUGGGACAAAACCCAUCCACAUGUAAUAAGUCUGAAAACACAUUUAGUCAGUCACCAAAACUAAACAUACAUAAGACAAUUAGUACUGGAGAGAAAAGGUACACUUGUAAGGACUGUGGCCUAGUCUUUCAUUGGCACUCAACACUACCUAAACAUCAACAAAUGCAUGCUGGAGAGAAGUCCUACAACUGUGAAUCGUGUGGGAAAGCCUUUAAGGACUGCUCGUCACUAAAUACAGAUGUACAAAUCCAUAUUAGAGAGAGACUUGACAAAUGUCAACAAUGUGGCAAGGCCUUUAAUAGGCACUCCAGCCUUACUAGACAUCAGAGCAUGCAUAUUGGAGAGAAACCUUACCAAUGUCAAGAAUGUGCCCAAGCCUUUAAAGAGAACUCAAAUGUCACUUAUCAUCACAGGGUUGACACUGAAGAGAAACCUUACCAAUGUAAACAAUGUGACCAGGCCUUUUGCGAGCACUCACACCUUAAUCAACAUCUCAGAAUUCAUUCUGCAGAGAAACCUUACAAAUGUGAACAAUGUGGCAAGGCCUUUAGUCAGCACUCAAUACUUACUAAACAUCACAGAGUUCAUAGUGGAGAGAAACCUUACAAAUGUGAAGAGUGUGGCAAGACUUUUACCCGGAACUCAAGCCUUACACUCCAUCUCAGAAUUCAUACUGGAGAGAAACCAUACAUAUGUCAAGAAUGUGGCAAGGCCUUUAGCCAGCACUCAAUGCUUACUAAACAUCACAGAGUUCAUACUGGAGAGAAACCUUACAAAUGUCAAGAAUGUGGCAAAUCCUUUAUAACACACUCAAGCCUUACUCUACAUCUCAGAAUUCAUACUGGAGAGAAACCUUACAAAUGUGAACAAUGUGGCAAGGCCUUUAGCCACCACUCAGUCCUUACUGUACAUCAGAGAAUUCAUACUGGAGAGAAACCUUAUGGAUGUCAAGAAUGUGGCAAGUUUUUUAUAACGCAUUCAAGCCUUACUGUACAUCACAGAAUUCAUACUGGAGAGAAACGUUACAAAUGUGAAAAAUGUGGCAAGGCCUUUCGCCAGCAGUCACACCUUACUCUACAUCACAGAAUUCAUACUGGAGAGAAACCUUAUGAAUGUGAAGAAUGUGGCAAGGCCUUUAUAGACCACUCAAGUCUUACUCUACAUCUCAGAAUUCACACUGGAGAGAAACCUUACAAAUGUGAAAAAUGUGGCAAGGCCUUUCGCCAGCACUCAAAACUUAGUCAACAUUUCAGAAUUCAUACUGGAGAGAAACCUUACAAAUGUGAAGAAUGUGGCAAAGCCUUUAUAGACCACACAAGUCUUACUCAACAUCACAGAAUUCAUACUGGAGAGAAACCUUACAAAUGUCAAGAAUGUGGCAAGGCCUUUCACCACCAAUCAAAUCUUACCAAACAUCACAGAAUUCAUAUAAGACAGAAACCUUAAAAGUAUUAAAAGAAUGUCAGAACCUGCAAGUGGCCCUCAGCCCUUACUAUACAUCAGAGAAUUCCUAGUGGAGAAUAAUCAUACAGAUAUAAACAGUGUGGCAGGCUCACCCACUCAUCACAAUGUAGUCAACAUUUUAGCUAUCACAUAGGAGGAAAACUGUGAAAUGGAAAGAAAGUGACCUGCCCUUUACGUAGAAUUCAAUCUUUGCUCAGUGUCAUAAAAUGCUCCCUUGAUGCAAACCCUAGACAUGUAAUGAAUGAGAUAAGACCAUCAUUUUAAAUUACACUCUAGCAAACACCAGACAGUGCAUAUAGGAAAGUAACUGGGAAGAUAGAUUUACAAACGUAUUAAAUUGAACAUCAAAUGUCAAUAAGAUUUUAGACAUCAAAGCAGAAAGCAGCACAUCAUUCACUCUAUUGAUACAUUACACCAAAAUACUUGUAGGGAAUAAUAGAAAGUUAAAAACUUAGAACACAUUUGUGCCAUUCUGUUUCAAAAGAUUUAGCAAAUGAGUUUUGCCUGGGUAUAAUUAAUUUUAAUAUGUGCUUUUUGGGAGCCAUUCUGAACUCACAAGUUGAGAAUACUUGUGAGGUUAAGG